GUCCUCGGCUACGCUCGGGCGCUGCGGGCGCCUCCGCGUCUACCCGGGCGGAGGAGCCUGGGCGGCUGCGCCAUAGCCAACCUCCAUCGCGCCGGGCCGGGCCGGGCCGGACUGGACUGGGGGUCUGCCCGCAGGUGGCAGUGCUCUCUGCUGGAGCCCAUCUGAUGUGCCCUUCUGUGCCAAGGACCUGAGCGACGAUGCCUCUGGCUGAGGACCGCACCGAGCAGUACAUUCGCUUCCACCUCAGCGACUUCUUCCGCAUUGAUGUCCUGGAGAUCCUGUCCCAUCUGCCCUGCCUCACUGCUGCUGACCAGGACAAGCUCCGUGCCUACGUUGACCGUUAUGGAAACCGGGACAGCGUGUGGAAGCUCUUCGAUCACCUCCGGAAGCGCACGGGCUGGGUGACCUGCCUCAUCACGGCCCUGAAGGAGUGUGAGCAGAUGGAGCUUGCUGAGGUUGUUGCCAACGUCUAUGCCUCCAACCAGGCCCUAGGGUUCCAAAACCAUCCUGGAGCCAUCACUGCCCCUGCUCCAUCUGGUGCCCCAGCCAGAAACCAGCAGGCGGCCCUGAACACUCCACCACGCCCUUCUGCUGGGAUCCCAGGGCCUCGUCCGCCUGCCAGCAGGAGUCCAGCCACCCAGUCAGCCCCUUUGCCUGACACCACCUACAAUGGUUACCCAGACCUGGAGAGAAAGGAAGCACAGGACAGCCACACUGCCCCCAUCCAGGACACACAGCCACCAGACUCUAAGAGUGAGGUCCCAGGGGCAACCAUGAAUCCUGCCCAUUCUGGGGACACAUCCAGGAACCCCCAAAGCUCCCCUGGACACUCUUCUUUCUCAACUCCUGCCCCCACAGUCACUGGAAAACACCGUAAGGCAAGCGGAGGAUCAGGUGACAGCCCCCCAGCUUCUGCCUCUCUCCCACCAUCUUCCAGAGGCCCCGUGUCUCCAUCUGUCUCCUUUGUGCCCUAUUCUAAGAAGGCAGGCCCAACAUCUGGACCCCAGUCACCGCCUUCAUCACUUGAAGCCACAGCUUCCUCACAGGGUAAUGAGAACCAGCUAAUAGCUGCCCCCGCCAUCCAAAGCACAGGCCUGUCUGCGGGUAGAGAGCCCACCACCAGGAUGCAAGGGUCACAGAAGGUGCUGCCAUUGGCCCCAAAGUUCCCCAGCCCUUCCCACCGGGUGUCCCCUGGGCCAGCCCCCUCAGUGCGGGCGCCCCAUCCCCAUGCGGAAGAGGCAGAGGUGAGCAAACCUGGGGUGCUUCACUCAUGUGAUGACCAGCCCUACUCCGGUGGCUCUGAGGACCUGAUGAUCAGCAGUGACUCUGGGAGCAUGGGGUCCCUCCACAUCAGCUCCAGUUCUAGGAAUCUCCCUGAGGAGAAUGACUACUCAUCAGUCACCAGUGUGCCUUCCCCUGGGAAACCAGAAGCCCCCAAACAACAAGGGGGCUCAAAGAGCCCCUCCCUGGGAACCUUUGAGCUCCAUGUUGACGAGGGGCCCAGUGAGGGCCUCCUUGGGAGCAGUCCCGGCUUGGGCCGGACACCUGGCACUGCAGCCCAGCCUGGAGUUGGUCCCAAUGGGGACGACUCCUGGGGAGUGUGGCUAGGUUCUGCUGUGGCUGUGGUGCUCUUUUCUGUGGCCUUGGCUGUCUUGUACAAGCGCAUCCGAAAGUAAGGGGCCUGACGGGCCCCCUCCCUCCCCUCUCUUCAAGCCUUAGAUCCUGUGGCUGGCCCCCCAUCUAGGGGCUGGGGAGAGGAGUUGUUGCAGGCUGGGUUGGAGGGAGAGGCUCUGGGAGCAUUCCAGAUGCCCCCAUGCUCAUGGGGUCAUCUAACCAUGACCAGCGGGGCUGGCUCCUAGGGCCAGGGAUGCUUGUGUCCAUGCACCUGCUUCCUCCUCUGUGCAAAGUAGGGGGUCAGAGGCCUAGAGAGGCCUGAACGUAGUCUGCGCAUAUUUGUCCCGUCCCACUUACGUGCUUUGUGUUGUAGCUUCUGCAGGGGGGCCGGGCUGCCGGUGGCCACUCUUCUGCAUUUGUGGGACACUCGAGUUAGGGAAGCAGUCGGGUCCCAGAGUGAAACCGUCACCUUGGUCAAGGUCUAGCAUUCAUUUAUCUGACUUAUCCCUGGUUGUGGAGGAAGCAGACAAGAUUUGUCUCAGAACUGGAGCUCUUGUGGACAGGAGGUGCAGCAGAAGACCCAACUUUACAGCCCUCUGAGCUGUGGGCUGCCUUGGGAAGUAACAACUUCCUUGGCAUUGAGGGUAUCCUGGCAUAGUCUGAAUGACCGUCUUUCAGGAAAGUGAGAGAGAGGCCCACCACCAGGCAGAUCUGGGAGGCCCUGUUAAUGUUGGUUGACCACCCCAGCCACCUCCUCCCCACUUCCCACUGGUACUCGGGUCUUUCGUUGAGACCACUAGUGCUAGGCCUGCCAAGGAAGCAAGAGGUGAUGGGCCCCUGAUCUUGAGGAGCUGGGGCAGGUUGGGGAGAGAAGAGAGACUCAUGGGAAACAGAGAACAUGUCAGGCCUUGACCAAGCGGUCAAGCCCAUGCCCAAGUCCCUGGCAGAAAAUGAAACCUCGUGGCCUUGCCCACAUGCCUUUGGAGCUGAGAGGGCCCAGUCCCUCUCCCUGUGCCUUCCCAAGGAGGCCUCUUGGUGUGGAGUCCAGCCUCAGAAGCUGGUCACGAGACAGGCAAAAGAGGCCUUCUCUGCAGCUGCCCUCAGGCUCCUCCAGGGGCUCCUUGUCCCCCACCCCCAGAACUUCCAUGUCAUUGCCAACUCCUCACCAUCCCAUUCAUCUACAACCAGCUCAUGCCCAUCCUUUUCCCCGUCUCAUUACCACUGGCACGUGGUAGAAAGGCUACAGGAUGAGGAGUCUUGGGUUCAAAUCCUGGCUCAGCUGCUUCUUUGUGCCUUUGGGCAGGCCACUUUGAGCCUCAGUUUCUUCAACUGUAAAGUGAGGGGAUUGGUUGAUGGCUAAGGUCCUUCCCAGCUCUAAGUGCUACGGAUUGGGAGCCAUGUGCAGGCCAGCUGGAUUUCAGCUCAGGGCAGGGCGGUUGUAGCCUGUGUAAUUUCCGCCCACUUCCAAAGUUUGCCUCUGUCCUUAGUCCCAUCUCCUGGGGGAUCCAGUCUAGCUCAUCUGGCAUCAGAGCCAGCACUCUCUCCCUAAGAGGGGCCCUGCUUCUGACCUGUCAUGGUGUCACUCACAUCUUAGGGCUUCCUGGGAUCCCCUGGUCCAAGCUCCGUGUAGCCCAGGUUAGGGGCCAGAGUCAGCGAGGUUCCAUGACACCCAAGGCCGUGUUGGCAGCAAGGAAUAGAGCUGGAAUUGACAUCCAGAAUAAGCCGCUUAGUGUGUCUGCUAUGCCACAGGCCAGCAUCCCCGAUGAAACCAGGCCCUGCCCUCUGGGAGUGCACAUUCUGUUUGGAGUUGUGCUGUCCUGUGACCCCCCCCCUCCUCCCCCUCCAGGCUCUCAGGCCUUGUUCCUCACUUCCCACCUCCAGGAAGCUUGCCUUGAGUGUGGCAGCCCGUCUCCUCGGGCACCCUGUAGUGUGUGAGAGGAGGGCCCGCCGCUCUCCAUUGUCGAAUGGACGUAGAGAAGGCGCUUGCUCUGUGGAGAAGUGAAGCAAUGGCCCUCCUUGGAGCGGGUGACAAACUGCCAUCUGGAGGAUUUUGGUGCCAUCUCUCCAGCAUGCCUUGCUGUCCUUGAGGACAGAGGAGGGGAGAGGAGAGCGGGUCCUUGGGAGGUGGGCUUUCUGUUGGCUUUCUAACUCUUCCACAGCUUGGGCCCCUCACCCAUGGAUCAUUCCCCGGUAACUUCACGCCACUGCUUUAUGCUGUGUUGAUUAAGCCUGGAAUUUAGCACUGUUGGUCUAACACACCACAGGGGACACCCUGGGGCCUGACAGGAGCCCAAUGCGUGGAGAACCCCACGGGUCCUCUGUUCCUUUCCUACAACCCAUUCCAGUAAAAUACCUUUAGGUGAGAGCAGUGGAAGCAUGAUCUCAUGGUGUAGACACCUAGCACCUCGCCCCAGGACCCUGCUCUGGGCCCACUUCCCCACAAGUUUAGCAAAAAGGUUUACAGGAGAGUUGGUUGUCUUGUGCCCACCAUCACACCCCCACCCCCACCCCCCCGGGACCCUGCGGUUGCUUGCCAGCAUCUACAAUAAAGCUGUUUGGAGAAAUCGACA